CAUUGCAAGAUCCUGAAGCGAUUUGGGCCCUUUGCAACCCUGCCCGCCUGCACUGACAGUUGAUGGACUGAGGCCGGCCCCUCAGACCCACCGGGCCAUGCUAAUGAGCCGGCAGGGGUAGUCCCCCGCGCCAGCGGCCAGAUGUGCUUGCGUCAUUCCUAGACGGACUGUUCCAAAGUCUAGGCAAAACGGGUGGGAUGGGUAUGUAAAAAAGGACUGCGCAUGGCAAAUAGAACAUGUUUUGGACAAAAUGGCGACCCGGUGUAAGCAGGACAUGAUUUCUGUUGUUUAGUGAGUGGUUUUUGGCAGAUAUUUCGUUGAUGCUUGAUAACCCACGACAUGGUAUGUACUCUAGAGGUAGCUACGUACUAUUACAUAACAAGGAAUUAAUUCAAUAAAGUAAAAUCAUCACGAAAUGUCUUUGUUUGUGUGUUUUUGCUUCGAAAUGUCUCUGCCCCCCUCCCACUGUCCUGUACUUUACAAGCACCAGUUUUAGUGUUAUUCAAGAAGUCUCCAGUAUUUCUUGUACUUCUGGGAGACAAUGAUUGGCAAGGUAUGUGACCCCAUGUCGAAUUGAGAAGGAGAACAUGAUUUGCGCGCGCAUUUCCACUCACUAGCCCAACGGUUCGAUGCUGUGAGGAGCUGUUCAGAGUGCUCCUUAUAUACAUGUAUAAUUUCUGCGGAACCUCAUCAGAAUGCAGGCGUUUUCUACCUCUAACUUUUACAAGUUUAACGUGAGGGAUCUUCAGGUCCAGCAGCAGCAACAGGUCCAGCAGCAGCAACAACAACAGCAGCAGCAAAUAUACCAACAAAUCCUGUAUGUUCCUGUUGUGCAACAAGGACUUGAGGUGGCUCUGAAUGAGGAAAGACAAAAGCGAUUGGAGGUAGAGGAAAAGGCAAGGAAUCUGGAGAGACAACUUGAAGAAAGUAGAGUCAGGAGAGUUGCAGUAGAGAGAGAGCUACAAGAAGUGAGGGCAAGAGCAAAUGAAAGGGCAAGAAAUUUGGAGAGAGACCUGCAACAAUGUAGAGGUCAGGUAGAACAGUUGCAGGGUGAAAACAAUGCACUGAAGAAGAAGAAGAAAGUUCAGCCCAGAACGCAGAAACAACAAGGAACGCAAAAGAAGAUGUCAUCCAAGAAUCCAUCUGCCCAGCUUAAAGACAAAGGGAAGAAAAGAAGAAUGACCAUUAAGCGGAGGCUAUGUGAGACAUUUUCCAACCUUCAUGACGAGGUCAAAAAGGCAAAGGUAGAGUAUAUAAUCGAGGGCCAAGACAAACCACAUUGUGUGGUUUGGCCAGAGGGGGAAGUGUUUGCACCAGUGGAGAGUCCCCCUGGCCAACAAGCUCCACCUAGGCGUGCAAACAAAGACCUGACACCUGAGGAGAAGCGUCGGAUACAGAUGUGGCUUCGUGUGAAGGACAAGUUUAACAUCUCGGACAGUGCUUACCAUGAAGUCAGAAUGCUGGGAGGGGACAAGGUGCCUCCACUAUACAAGGUCGUUGCAGAAAGAAAGGAGCAGAGCAGCCUGAUGCCUAUUACAACAGAGGAAACAAAUAAUCUGGCACGACGCUCACUUCAAGACCUGCUAAGCCGGCUCCUCCGCAACAAACGCCACUUCAUACAGGACAACAAGAUCUCUGUCAGGCUGUCAGGGGAUGGACGACAGGUGACAAGAAACCAUCGGAUUGGUGCAGUCAUGGGCACUGUCCGCAUCAUCCCCAACAGAGAUACCAUCAACGAGAACACGGACAGUGCCCAGCUGCACCACACCAUCGAUGAGGAGGCCUCUGUGUAUAUUUAUGAAGGUGGAGAGGACUAUGAUACUCAGAAGUCCACAGUCUCCUCUGUCUACAGAGAGAUGGAGGAGAUCAGGGACAACGGACUUGAAUUUGAAGGAAGAGUCAUCCAAGUGCAGUGGUACCUCACAGCAGACUGGAAGUUCGUCGCAAUGCUGCUGGGACUAAACCAGGCCAGCAGCAAGGCAUUUUGUCUCUGGUGCCACUGCACAAAGGAGGAGAUAGCCAACUUUGACACCGAACGUUGGGACAUCGAGAGGAGGAAGGGGGAUAGUGCCAGAUACCUGGACAAGAGACAACACAAGGGGCAUAUCCUUCCUCCACUACUGGACGUUGAGUUCAAUGAAGUUGUUCCUGAUGUUCUACACAUGGUAUGUCUUGCAGAAUAUCAUAGAAUAGUCUACUGGUUUUUGCUGUCUAAAAAGUACCUUUUUCACAAUCUUUUACUCUUUUAUUCCAAUAU